AGACCCUUUCUCAUUUUCUCAUCCAUUGCUUUUAUCUUAUAUUCCAAGCAUACUAUAACCAGACAUGGGUGGAGGUGAUCUUAACUUAAAAAAAUCCUGGCAUCCAGGUACAUUUCGCAACCAGGAAAAGGUCUGGAAGGAGGAGCGAAAGGCUGCGGAUGAGGAGAAGAAGUUGCAGCAGUUACGAAAGGAGCUGGAGGAGGAGAGGCAGAUUCAGGAGCUUCAGCGCAUUCAGGAGCAGGCAGGAGGCAAGAAGAGGAGCGACCGUUUGGACUGGAUGUACCAGGCACCGCCGACUGGAGCAGCCAAGGAUGAGAAGGCUCUUGAGGACUAUCUUCUCGGAAAGCGUCGAGUGGACGAGAUACUCAAUAAGAAGGAUAGCGGCAUGCAGGUUUUAAGCAAGGACUCCAACUCAUUCAUGAACCAGGCGUCGAAAGCCAACUCUGUCAAGGACAUUCAAGCUAAGGUGCGCGAGGAUCCCCUGCUAGCUAUCAAGCGACGGGAGCAGGCCAGUUUGGAAGCGUUGAUGAAGAACCCAAUCAAAAUGCGGCAACUUAAGGAAAGCAAAGAGCCCAAGAGGAAAAAAUCCAAAAAGAGCAGGGAUGAAAAGGAGGGCAAAGACGAAAAGCAAAAGAUGAAAUCUCGACAUCACAGCAGCAAACGCCGUUCUUCACGGGAUCGUGGUCAGUUGAGUGACUCUAGCGAUAAUGAUGAAAAGAACUGGCGCUCCUCCAGAAAACAACGGCGACUUUCUGCUUCAUCCGAUAACAAAUCGCCGGAGAGGACGUCAAGGCGACAUGAGGAAACUCACAGCUCAAGGAGCCAUCACAAUAGUGGCCACAGCCAUCGUUAUCAACGCUCUUCGCCGUCAAGGUCUCGAUCGCCUGACCGCUCAAGGUCUUCUCGGGACGUCAGACAACGCUCCUAUUCCAGAUCCGUUUCACCAUCCGACCACCGACGACAACCCCGUUCUCGUUCGCCUUAUAAGCAUUCAUACUCCCGUUCAAGUCGGCGACGAGACCGCUCCAGGUCACGAUCGCCUCGACGCUCAUUGACUCAGUCCCCUACGCCGGGCCGUGAUAGACAUAGGACUUCGCGGCCUUUACCUCCAAGGAGCUCUACCACCAAUCGCAGACCAGCACCUGGCGGCGAGAAUCCUCAAUUCUCUGCGGAGCAGGAGGCGAGACGUAAGGCGGCAUUGGACGAGGAGAAGGCGAAGCGCAAGGCAGCUCUUGCAGAGGAGCGCGAGAGAAGGUUGCAAGCCAUGACAGACAAUGCUGCGAUCAGUGUGCUGGAGCGCAGGAAACGGCUGGUAGAGAUAGCGGAAGAGGAAGCCAAGCAGGACGCCGACGAAGAGGCAAUGAGAGCGAGUGCAUCCAGAAAUGGCCAGGCAUCGUUCCUGAGAUCAACACAGGAGUCUGCGUACAAUGGUAUGUCACUUGCAGACCGGGUUCAGCGUGGCAGGGCCACCUUGCAGAGCCAUUGAGGGAUCAGCCUAUAAGCAACGGUAGCACAAACAUGAAAUAAAGAAUUACUGUAAACC